UGUCUAUGCAGGAAGCAUCACAGAGCAGGAACAGACGGGCCAAACUGAGUGAAAGCAUCUGAAGUAUGUGCCAUGGAGAAUCAGAACUUAUCCAAAGUGGUCCUUCUGGCUUGUGGGUCCUUCAACCCCAUUACCAACAUGCACCUGAGGAUGUUUGAACUGGCCCGUGAUCAUCUAGAAGACGCAGGUCACUAUAGCGUGGUGAAAGGAAUCAUAUCUCCGGUGGGCGACGCUUAUAAGAAAAAGGGUUUGAUUGAGGCCUGUCACCGAGUGGAGAUGGCCAGACUGGCCACAGAAAGCUCAGACUGGAUUACAGUAGAUGCCUGGGAGAGCUUGCAGCCAGAGUGGCAGGAAACAGCUAAAGUUGUCCGGCAUCACUAUGAGGACCUGCUUGCAGCAGAGCAUAAUAUUGAUGAUGUGGAUACAGAGAAGUACACAAAAAAGAGACGCAUGGAAGAGAGUUAUAUUGAAGAUUCUGUUCAUCUCAAACGAAGAGAUGGCCUUCAGCUGAUGCUGCUGUGUGGGGCUGACGUCCUGGAAUCCUUUGGGGUUCCAAAUCUAUGGAAGCAGGAGGAUAUUGCAGAGAUUGUCGGCCGGUACGGUUUGGUUUGCGUCACCCGGAGUGGCAGUGACCCACACAGGUUUAUCCAGCAGUCAGACCUGCUUUGGAAGUAUCGCAAGAACAUCCACGUGGUCUACGAAUGGGUGACCAACGACAUCUCUGCCACUCAUGUGCGCCGGGCCCUGCGUCGAGGUCGGAGCGUCAGAUAUCUGCUCCCAGAGACCAUCGUCCACUACAUUCGAGAACACAAUCUCUACAGUGCUGAGAGCGAGCAGAAGAACACUGAUGUGGUCCUCGCACCCUUACAGAGAUACACAGGUGCCUCCACUAGCUGAUUAAGCUUACUGCCAAUUGAAAAAAUAAUGCUGGAAGUUUACUGUGAAUUUCAAACACACCAGACAUUGUUAAUUCAAUAUUGUCUUCCUGCAAUCCUGAGCUGUCUGACAAAGAGUGUGUUUAAGAAAUCUGUAGAAGUUUUUGAAUGAAGAAAUUUUGUACCAUUUUUACUUUGCUGUGUGUGUGUGUGUUUGUGUGUGUGUGGGGGGGGACAACAACUGAGAAACAACUAACCAUCAGCUUGACCAGUUUCCACCAAUACAGAUAUGUGUGUUUUUAUUAAACUAGUUUUUCAAUAUUUUAUGCAAAAUUCUCAUCAUAUAUAGUUUUUGUUAUCGCACGAAUCGGCAAUAAAUUCAUUUUACUUUGGUGAUUUAUUUAACACAGACUCUGUGAGUAUACUCCUCUGGGCUUUGUUGGGUGUUUGGCACCCAAGGGUGUGAUUUUCCAUGAAUGUCCUCAGGAAGAAAAAAAGGUUGUAUACUUGAAACACUAGGUGCACAAACUUAGAAGUGGGUUGUUUUUCUAACACUGAAAAUAAAAAACACAUUUUUCCCUAUUGCUUGA